CGCAGUAAGGAAAAAAAAAAUCGAUUUUUUUUUUUUUGACUUUCAUUUCGAUCCGAUCGCUCCAAUCCGAUGCAUUCCUCUCUCGAUCGGAGGUCCGACGGCUGCACCUCCGUCGGCUGCUUCGUCUUCCUCCGGCGGCCGUCCUCCCGCUCUCGCUUCGGCUACCGCCCGCUCCCACGGGCGGCGGGGUUCUCCGACGGCGAGGAGUCCGGGUCGGCGGUGCGGGUGGUGGUGGGGAAGGAGCGACGAGUCUUCUUGGUGGAGCCCUUCGUCCUCGAGACGGACCCUCUCAGGGUUCUGAUGGCGACGGCGGCGAGGGAGGGGCCGCGGCGGAAAGGCGCCGUCUUUGUCGACGUCGACCACAUCCUCUUCGAGCAUCUGGUCUGGUUGGUGCACAACGAGUACUCCUCCGCCGCCGCCGCCACCGCCGCCGCCUCGUCGGCUUUGAUUCAGCUCAACUUGAAGGAAAUCAUUGAGUUCUACUCGCAGGAGAAUUGAGGCGACUCGAUGUUGUUAUUUAUUUUAUUGUGUGAAUUAUCAGAAUUAAUGAUUAAGAUGAAAAUAUAAGUUUAAUUUUGAAAAUUACCCAAAUCACGUCCUUGAUUUUGCUGUAAUAGUAUUCAUUUUUAUUGACCACUUCACGUAUUCUUUUGCA